AUUGUGCUGAGAGGAUCCAAGGGAUCGGUGGGGGAACAGGCGAGCCAGGCAUCACCGUUGAUGUGAAGAAGGGGAUUACUGAAAACUCUGAAUCUUCACUUGCUCACUCUGGAAUUACAGCUAUUUAUUACGAAGCACUCUGUGUGGCUUAGCGGAGUGUGUCUGAGGAAACACAUCUCGGACACCACUUAGGGUUAGUCUUUCUGAGCUCUUCACAUCUCUGACUAAUUAUCAUCAUUACCAUGGAGCCCAACAGUCCCAAAAAGAUACAAUUUGCUGUGCCUUUAUUCCAGAGUCAGAUUGCACCCGAAGCAGCAGAGCAGAUCAGGAAAAGAAGACCUACGCCAGCAUCACUUGUGAUUCUCAAUGAACAUAACCCCCCAGAAACAGAUGACAAGAGGGUGCCCAACACACAAGGGGAAUCACAGAAUGCAUCCCCUAAGCAAAGGAAGCAGAGUGUGUACACACCACCCACCAUGAAAGGGGCUAAGCAUCUGAAAGGCCAGAAUGAAUCAGCAUUCCCUGAAGAAGAGGAAGGCACCAAUGAAAGAGAGGAGCAGCAGGACCAUUAAUUAGUGGUGCAAAAUGAGUUGAUAACAACCAGAAGUUGACAUGUUAGUGCUGUGCUUCUACUUGAGCUUGGAAAAAUUUCAACAGGAAACAAACACCACCACCAUCACCGCCUCUGAUUGCAUCAUGGCACCGUGUUGCUUUCUACUGGAUUGCCUCCUGAAGCACUUUAGAUAUUUUAUACAUAAGUAUUGACAUGUUUUUGAGAAGGUGUUUCUUCACUUUACGUUUUUCUAAUAAUUUAUAUUACACCAUUUGUCAAGUUCUUCUCUUUGGUUUUAAUUUAUUUCUCUCUACAACUGAAAAGGGAACCUUGAUUUUAGGUAAAUUUUAAGUGAUUUAUUUUUCAUUUUAUAUUUUGGAAUCUGAGCCUUGUUUUACAACAGGGAGUUUUUCAAACACAUUUCCUUCCUUUUUCAAAUUCCACUGUGUUUAUUUAUUGCUUUGUUUUUCUUUCAAAUUCCAUUGGUCUUGAUUUAAUUUAGUCCCACAAAUUGUAUUGAUAGCCUACUACCUGCCAACUACUGAAUUAAGCAUUGGACUUAUAAAAAUAGAAAGGCUAUUUUAUUGUCGUUGCCAUCCUGCUAGUAAAAAUUUGUUCAAUUCUUUACAAUUACGUAAGUGGCUUCACCUAUGUUUCUCUGUUAAUAAUCACAUUGAAUAUGUCUGACAGGUAGGAUUUAUGUCAUAGAUAAGAAAACUAGAGUCCAAAGAAAAUAAGUGGCCCUAAAUGAACCAAUAAUCCAACAGACCCUUCCACUAGCUAGCUUCUGACCUGGUUGAGUUGCGAUAGACUUUAGGACAAAAAAGCCCAUCCUCCUUAGGAACCACAGACUUACGCUUUCUUCUACUGUCUUAUGUAUUGAAACUUCCUGCAAUUCAGGCAUAAAUUUAGCAUAGGCAGAUACUUUUGCUAAUAAGGCUAAGGUGGGAAGAAAAACCUGAGCUUUACUUUAAUUCUUGGGCACUGACUUCAAAGUAAGAUGGCCUAUAAGAAAUAAAAGAAGUAAAUUUGAAACUUUUAAAAAAGUAUUUGGUUCAUUUAAAAAUGUUUCCCAUGUUUAAAUUUAUAUCUCUAAAAUAACCUUUAUCAUGUAAAAUGAGAGCAUUGCUGAGUUUAUGACAAUCUUAGGUAUAAUCCUUUCUUAAAGAACAAGGCAUCAAUCUUUAAUUUGUUUUCCUUUCUUGAUUUCUCAUAAGUUGCAAAAUAAAAAUAAUUUCAUAAAUUGUUUAUUGUUAUUAUCCUCCCUACUUGCCCUAGGACUUAAGUACUAACUUUUACUUCCUACUCCCAGACUUUGUACUGCUAAAGAAAUAAAAAUAAUAUGAAAAAGCUUAAUCACCCAGACCUACAUGUGGAAUUAUGGAUUAUGCUGUAGAUAAUAGACCACUGAAAGGAACAAAUACAACUUCAUGAGGAGCCAAAGACAGCAUUCUACCUGCUGCUCUCCUGAAGCUGAGGAAUGAGUUUAAUUGACUUCAAAUCCCAUUAUUCUCAAAAGUAUUAAAGGUACAAUGUGGCUGUAUAUGAAGCAAAGGAAAGGAACAACAAGAACUUUAAAAAAAAGUUUGUAGAUGGUUGAACAUCUCUUUUGUAAUUAGAGAAGAACGUCUUUUCUUUUUAUACGGUUUACAGAGACCAACAUUUUUCAAGGCCUUGCAGUAGAUGAGUGAGUUUCCUGCUACAUUUCUCCUGCAGCAUAUAUUCUGUGGAUGUGUUUUC